AUGGAAGUCGCCGUGACAAAGCCAAAGAAGAAGAUAAAGUUAGGAAUAGGAUUAGUAAUAUUCCCAUUGUUUCUCCUUACCCUCCUCUAUCUCUUUCUUGGUUUUCCUUUCUAUUAUUCCUUCACCUCUUCUUCUUCUUCUCCUUCUUCAUCGUCGCCGUCGUCCUCAUCAUCCCUAUACAACCAUUUCUUGAAGUCAUCAUCAUCAUCAUCAGCAGCAGCAUCAUCAUCAUCAUCAUCAUCAUCAUCUGUAGUGUCUAAUCCUCCAUAUCCACCAUCGAAUUCAUCAUCUAUCUCUACCUAUAACCAUACGAACAAUUCAUCUUUACAUCAUGAUGGCAUCAAUAAUCCCAACUCCAAUCAAUCUUCUCUGCGUAGUCAUGAUUCCAUCCCAUCAUCAUCAUCAAAUGAUCAUCAUUCUCCACAUCAAGAAACGUCGAGAGAAAAGCAUGCAGGGAGAAGGAGAAGAGAUUGUGACAUAUCCUCGGGGGAAUGGGUGCCAAACCAUGAAGCCCCUUACUACACCAACACGACAUGCUGGGCGAUCCACGAACACCAAAACUGCAUGAAGUUCGGACGACCCGAUUCCGGCUUCAUGAAAUGGAGAUGGAAACCGUACGGCUGCGACCUUCCCCUGUUCGAUCCCCUUGAGUUUCUCGAGAUCAUGAGAGGGAAAUCCAUGGCGUUUAUCGGUGACUCCGUUAGCCGAAACCACAUGCAGUCCUUGAUCUGUCUCCUCUCUCGUGUGGAAUAUCCAGAAGAUGUCUCAUUGGUGCAAGACUUUAACUUCCCGAGGUGGAAGUAUAAGAGCUUCAACUUCACGAUCGCUUCGUUCUGGUCAACGCAUUUGGUCCGGUCAACUGAAACCGGUCCGACAGGACAAUACAUGACCAACUACUACAACCUCCACCUAGACGAACCGGAUCCGAUCUGGGCAUCCCAGAUCGGAGGGUUUGAUUACGUCAUCGUCUCCUCCGGCCAAUGGUUUUUCCGGCCGCUCUUCUUCUUCGACAAAGGGAAACUCGUAGGGUGUCUCUACUGCUACAUGCCCGGCGUCCGAAACGUGGGAGCGUUUUUCGCGUUUAGAAGAGCGUUUAGAACCACGUUUAGAGCUAUUCUCGGAGCCAAACACUUCAAAGGUGAGGUCUUUCUACGGACGUUCGCUCCUUCUCAUUUCGAGAACGGCGAGUGGAACAAAGGCGGAAACUGUCUGAGAACACAUCCCGACAGGAGCAAUGAGACAGAGUUGAAAGGCAUGAAUUUAGAGGCUCAUGAGAUUCAACUGGAAGAAUUUCGGAUAGCGAGAAGAGAAGGGAGGAGGAAAGGGGUGAGAUUUCGGUUGGUGGAUGUGACGAAAGCGAUGCUGUUAAGAGGAGAUGGGCAUCCGAGUAGGUACGGACAUCGACCAGAAGACAAUGUCAUCUUGUACAACGAUUGCGUUCACUGGUGUCUGCCUGGUCCUAUUGAUUCUUGGAACGAUUUCUUGCUCCACACGUUAAAGAACCAACAGUAGAAGACAGAAAUAUUAUAAAUCGAGUUUUAAAUACAAAUGUUUAGAGUUCCGUGAUU